AUGGAGCGGCCCUGCAGGUGGAUCAACCGCCAGAUCACCAGCGCGGCCGAGUCCGGCGACGUCGCGCGGCUCCUCGGCGUCAUACAGGAGCACGCGGGCGGGAUGAACCUGAUCAACUGCUCCACCGCCCUGCACCGCGUCGCGAAGCUGUCGCUCGGGAGCAGCGUGCAGGAGCGCGGGAGCCUCGUGGAGCACGAGGCCGUCCAGUGCCUGCGCGGGCUGCUGGUGGGGCACGUCGCCGAGAGGGCCGGGGCCCGCGCUGGGCGCGCGAGCGGCGGCGAGCUGGCGGGCUUCUUCGAGCACGUGGCGUCCAUCCCCGGCGAGAGGCUCUCCGAGAUGAAGCCGUUCGAGCUGAGCAACAUGCUCUGGGCGUUCGCCAAGCUCUCGUACGGCCACUCCCGCAUCUUCGAGGGGCUGGCUCCCUACCUGCUGCGCCGCCGGCCGGGCGAGAUCAGCCCUCAGCUCCUCUCGACGAUCGUCUGGGCUUUCGGCACGGCGAAGGUCCACCACGCCGCCGUGUUCUCCAGCGUCGCGCAGGAGCUGUCGAAGCACGCGUGGGCCAUGUCCCCCCAGGGCAUCGCGAACACCGCCUGGGCGUUCGCGCGCGUGCGGCACCAGGAGCUGCGCCUCUUCCGUCUGCUCGCGGAGGUGACCGUGCAGGAGUCCGCGCUGUGGAACUUCAGGCCCCAGGAGCUGUCAAACCUCGCCUGGGCGUUCGCCACGGUGAGCCUGACGCACUCGCCCCUGUUCGACGGCAUCGUGGAGGUCGCCGUGCGGCGCCGGACGGAGCUUCCGCCGCAGAACAUCGCCAACACGCUGUGGGCGUGCGCGAAGUUGGGGGUGCCCUCCCGCGAGCACCUCUUCCCGCCGCUCCUCGAAGUCGCGGAGAGGCACCUCGGGGCGUACAAGCCCCAGGAGGUGUCGGCCAUCCUGUGGGCCGUGGCGCGCGAGGUGAGCGGCAGCCCGUCGUGCCAGCACUUCUUCCUGGCGGUGCCCCGCCACUUCGAGGGCCGCCUGCAGGAGUUCACCUCGCAGGGCCUGGCGUGCAUGGUGGAGGCCUACACGCUGGCGGAGGCGGACGGCCUCGGCUUCUUUGACAGCAUCCUGGCGGAGAGCGUGAAGCAGCUGGACAGGUUCGAGCCGCCAUCGCUCUGCACCCUCUUUCGUGGGGUUGCCAUCAGGGCCGGCGGCCCGAGGGGCCCUUCUUGCAGGCAGGAGUCCGCGCAGAAGUCGGACCACGUCAGGGCCAUCUCCGACCACAUCGCCGCCAGGCUGCCCGAGAUGCAGCGGCACAACCUCGCGCACCUGGCCCAGAGCCUGGACCUCCUCCCCGCGCACGUGCAG